GGGCAGCGAAUGAGCAGGCGCACCACGAGGGCUCUGGGGGCAGCGACGCAAGAUAAGGCCUGGGGUGGUAGUGCCAGCAGCCCGGCGCCUUGGGGGCCGACACCCGAUCGCGCCACCGCGGGAGGAACCCGGGUCCCGGGCCGAGGCUGCCCCGGGAAUGCUUUCGGGCGGCACAAACAUGGCUGCGGCCGUGAGAGCUGCGGCCGCCCUGCUCCGCGAUCGGAUGGUGCAUGGCAGCUCAAGGACCUGCCAGCCAUGGAGGUGCCAGUCGAUUGGAGCCACGGCGGCAGCUGCCACAGAAACAGCCCAACGUGCCAGAAGCCCCAAACUGCAAGUUCAACCAGGGAAGAGGAAGCCAAAAACUGGAAUAUUAAUGCUAAACAUGGGAGGUCCUGAAACGCUGGGAGACGUUCACGACUUCCUUCUGAGGCUCUUCUUGGACCGAGACCUCAUGACGCUUCCUAUUCAAAAUAAGCUGGCACCAAUCAUCGCCAAACGCCGAACCCCCAAAAUUCAGGAGCAGUACCGCAGGAUUGGAGGUGGGUCUCCCAUCAAGAUGUGGACCUCCAAGCAAGGAGAAGGCAUGGUGAAGCUGCUGGAUGAGUUGUCCCCACACACAGCCCCUCACAAAUACUAUAUUGGAUUCCGGUACGUCCAUCCUUUAACAGAAGAAGCAAUUGAAGAGAUGGAGAGAGACGGGAUCGAAAGGGCUAUUGCCUUCACGCAGUAUCCACAGUACAGCUGCUCCACGACAGGCAGCAGCUUAAAUGCCAUUUACAGAUACUAUAACCAAGUGGGAAAGAAGCCUGGGAUGAAGUGGAGCACCAUUGACAGGUGGCCCACACACCCCCUCCUCAUUCAGUGCUUUGCAGACCACAUAGUGAAGGAACUGGACCGUUUUCCACUUGAGAAGAGAAAUGAGGUGGUCAUUCUGUUUUCUGCUCACUCACUGCCAAUGUCUGUGGUCAACAGAGGGGACCCCUAUCCUCAGGAGGUGGGCGCCACCGUGCAGAGAGUCAUGGAUAAGCUGGGUUACUCCAACCCCUACCGACUGGUUUGGCAGUCUAAGGUUGGUCCAAUGCCCUGGCUGGGCCCGCAAACAGAUGAGACUAUCAAAGGGCUUUGUGAGAGGGGGAGGAAGAACAUUCUUUUGGUUCCAAUAGCGUUUACCAGCGAUCACAUUGAAACACUAUAUGAACUGGACAUUGAGUACUCUCAAGUUCUAGCUGACGAGUGUGGAGUUGAAAACAUCAGAAGAGCAGAGUCUCUUAAUGGAAAUCCAUUGUUCUCCAAGGCCCUGGCCGAUCUGGUGCUCUCACACAUCCAGUCAAACGAGCUGUGCUCCAAGCAGUUGACUCUGAGUUGUCCGCUCUGUGUAAAUCCUGUCUGCAGGGAGACUAAAUCCUUCUUCACCAGCCAGCAGCUGUGACCCCCGCCAGAGGACCCCGUGGGAUUAGGCAAAUGCCCAACCCCCAGAUGCCCCUGUUGUGGAGGAGGUGUAUUUAGAGGUCAAGGAGGAGAGUAACAUUGGUAUCUGUACAGCCUCUGGGCACAAAUUGUGUGAUUUCUUGAGGAAGAGACUCUGAAAUCCUUACUGGGGUUUUCUCUUUUUAUAUACCAAUACAGUAAGCAUUUAUAGUCUCCCUCUGUGGGUAAAGUUACCAGCUUGGAAUGUCCACUGGGCUAUUCAAAAAAUAGUUUUAAAAAUUUAUCUUAAUAGAGGCACACAUAUUUUAAAUACAGAUUUUGGUUUUAUUGCCCAAAAACCCUGCAAGGAUCUAGAGAGUCCCCCCGUGGGCUGUCAGUGGGAAUGAGCUCUGUUUACAGUCUUGUGCAUAUAGUUAGUUGUCCUUGUUUUUUAAGUGAACAUAGUGGGGUAAAGGAAAUACAAUUUGAAAAGGAACUGUUAGCUGAUCUCUCUGAAAGCCCGUGGGGUACAGAGUGCUGGCGAGGUGGUGUGGUUGCCUUAUAAGGGCUGCUUUUGCCAGUGAUGUCGCCAUUAGUUGGUCAUUUUGGUACUUACACGUGUGAACCUCACUUUCUUCACCCUAAAACCAAAUCAAGUACAGAUUCCAAAAGUGCUUUGAGAUUCCCCAGGCACACAAGGCUAAUAAACGUGUAGAAAUCCAGCAUUUGUCAUCCGUGUCUUGGUGAGGGUCUGUGGUGCCACAGGAAAGGGGGCUCCCACUGCUUCCUGUCUCCAAAGGCCAAGUGAGGCGGGGAAAUGCUAACGAUGGGCUUCAUCUGUGAAGCUCGUCCCAGCACCUGGUGAACCUUUCCAUGGAGCAUCUUCUUGAUUUUGGUUCAGUGUCUUCUUUCUGCCGGUUUGUUUGAAGCAUUAUUUUAUAAAGUCAACUAUGUUUUGUAAUAUUGAAUUCUUUCUUAACUUACAAUUUUUAUUCUAAGAAUUAUACAACCCUCCUAUUGGAAAUUUGAAAAAUAAAGAGAAGAGAAAUACCACUCUGAUGUGACAGCUACUAAUCCUGUUAUUCUAGCUCAUGCCAUUCCUUUCCUGGGGAUAUUUUUAAUGCCAUUGUAACCUUGAAUUUGUGAGUGAAGAGUUGUUCUAAAAAUGUAGAAAUAAUGUAAGAUGAGAAUCUGAUCUCCUAUACGUGGAUUUAAAUGGAUUAAAACAAUCUCUGAUGGAUCCAUAA